AUGACAGGAGUUGUGCCUGACUUCUCACUUCCAUGCCAACACUCUCUUAACCACUAUUUCCUCAUGAUUAGACUCUUUGGUGCCCCAAAUGGCCUUUGCUCGUCAAUCACUGAGUCAAAGCACAUCAAGGCCAUUAAAGAGCCUUGGCGUUGCUCCAGCAGAUACAAAGCAUUAGGCCAAAUGCUGCUCACCAACCAACACCUCGAUAAAAUAGCAGCAGCACGAAGCGACUUUGAAGCUUGUGGCAUGCUUCAAGGCUCAUGUGUAUCUGAUGCAUUUCGCGAGCUUCCAGACAAUGACAGUGACGACAAUGAUGACAACGAACUUGCGGACAUGUUACAGGCUCUUCCUAACCAUUUGCGCAUCAACGAGCGACCAAAUCAGUCCAUUGAAGUAGAUGCAGCUGAGAUAGUUGAUGGACCUGCUGCCCAGGCUCACAUGGAACUUGCUGCGCUCCCCAUACCGGGUGGUGCACAUGAUGUCUCUGCACUUGCACUUGAACUUGAACUCCCGAACUUCCCCACAAUGAUCCAGCAGUUCCUUUAUGACCAGCUUCAUGUUGGAGACCAUGAGGCCCCCGAUUUCGACCCUCAUCAUUCCAUGCCCCCAGUGACCUCAGUGGUACUGGAGGCAUGCGACAUGAGCACAUUCGUGCGACGACAUCAUGGCGAGGAGGUCCUGCUAGGCAUGACUGUGUAUUGCUGGGAUCCUGAUACUGGAAUGCACAUUGUUGCACUGUUGACUAAUGAUGAUGGCACACCAGAUAUCUCACUUAUCCAUAUUGAUUGUAUAUUCCGUGCAGCUCAUCUUAUUCCUCUCUAUGGUGCUGAUUUCUUGCCUCAUGAAAUCACCCCUCAUGACAGCUACAAUGUAUUUCGCGCAUUCUACAUCAAUAAGUAUGCCGACCAUCAUGCAUUUGAAGUAGCAUGA